AUGGAAGAAAAAGGCAAACGCGAAAUGAAAUCUGUUGCUUACGACUCGGUCGCUGCUGGCCGGCAGCCAUCCUUCCACGAACGAGAUAACGUUAGCGUCCACACCAUCAAGGAGCCAUGGUGGGCUGCUGUCAAGAAGCGCGGCUCUGCGCCGCAAAUUAUCAUUGCUGCCCUUCUUGCUCUCGCUAUUGGUCUACCGGUUGCCUUGACAGUCAAUAAUAUUCCCAAAGAGGUCAGUCCUUUGCUGGGCAUUGUCGGUGUUCUGUGGUUGCGUGCACUCAAAGCAGUCGUCUUGCCUCUCAUCAUUUGUUCCAUGAUUCUUGCUGUCCAAAAGCUAAGGGAAGUAUCCAACGGUGGCAGCAAGCUGGCCAAAUGGACGAUUGGAUUCUACGUACUUACCACGGUCGUGGCUAUCGUUCUGAGCUGCAUCAUGGUUGCCGUUGUUUGGGGACCUAUGUUUACUGUAGCGUCCGAACAAGAUCGCGAAAUGGAUCCCAAGGAAAAGUACCCCGGCUCCGAAGGCAACCCCAUCCACCUAGUCGUCGUUCAGAUGUUUGAGUCAUUAAUUCCUGAUAACAUUGCUAAGGCACUGGUUCAAAACGAGCUGCUCGCUGUCCUAGUGACGUCUAUUGUUGUCGGCUAUUUGAUUGACCCCGAGGACUCUGCUAUUUACCGUGCUGUCGUGGAGGUGGAAAAGAUCGUCACGCGCAUCAUCACUACCGUUAUUGAAUGGGCUCCCGUCGGCGUCUUUUCACUGAUUCUCUCCAGCAUCCUGAAGCUCGAUCUGGCUGAAACCGGUAUUAACAUGGGUAUUCUUGUUGCCGGUACGCUAUCGACCAUGGCCAUCCACCUAUUUGUGGUGCUUCCUAUUAUCGUUUUCUCCCUUACCAAGAUCAACCCGUAUAUGUACUGGAUUAGGAACUCCUGUGCAUGGGUUACAGCCUGGGGAUCUGCCUCAUCAGCCGCGACUUUGUCUGUGACUCUCAAGUGUGCUAGGGACAGAGGUAUUUCCAACACUGUCAGCCAGUUUGCUAUCCCUCUAGGAUGUCUCGUCAAUAUGGAUGGUACCGCCAUCUACUUCCCCAUGGUCGUUGUUUUCCUUGCUAGAACUCAGGGAAUGACUUUGCAAGCUGUCGACUAUGUGAUUAUCGUCUUCACCGCUACUCUGACUUCUAUUGGUGCUACUCCGAUUCCAUCUGCAUCUCUUGCGCUAGCUGUCAUGAUUGCCGGUAUGGUGAACGUUCCUGUGACAGGCAUGUUCGGCGUUGUGAUUACCAUUGACUGGCUGCUUGAUCGCUUCCGCACCGCACUGAAUGUCUCUGGUGAUCUCUAUGGCGCCAUGGUGGUGUACAAGCAGACGGGUAUUGAAGAUGAUGAUGGCGAUGUGAUUGAGAUUACCGACCGUCCACGCCACGACAGCCAAGUUUAA